AUGUUAGCCAAAAGACUUUUUCCAGCUUGCACCAGAAUCCCUUAUGUAAUUCAGAAGAUUGGCCAAAUAAGAGAGUCCAGCUUCAAAUCGUCCCUUUUCCUGGAAGACAUCAGCCCCAAACCGAGAGAAUACGAAGUGACCAAAAAUCCAGUUGACUGGGAUUAUGUCCAACGACUUCUACCCAACACAGUUGUGCCUGAGCCUGUGAAAAAGGACAAAUAUCCCUCAGGUUGGAAACCCCAAGCAGAAAACUUAUCAGAACUUCCUUAUUUCGUACAAAGAACCAGAAAUCACAUGAUACCCUGCUACUUACGCAUAUCGCAUUUGAAAACUAGAAGAACCACAUUGCUGAAAAAUAUCAAAGGCGAUAUUUGGCUUCUGGAAAAGGAAAUAAAGGACUUUUUAAGGCCGCAAAAUUAUCAACCAAUAAGAUCGCAAGUUAAUGAGUUUGCUGGCUUUAUAAGGAUCAAUGGGGAUCACGUUAAUGCAAUCAAAUAUUUUUUAGAAAAUAAAGGAAUGUAA